GUGAGAACCAGUCAAAGGCCGCUGCCCUCAGCCAUGGCCGAAGCCGAAAAGGGCGACAACGGCGAGCCGGCUGAGGUUGACGGCGGUACCCCUUCGCCGGAGAGAAGAGGAAAGGGCCCGGGCAAGGGGCCGCCCUUGCCCAAGGGGCCGCCCUUGCCCAAGCCGCAAACACGGCCCAGCGGCAGCGGUGCCCAGGCAGGCGCCCCGCAGCCGCAGCCCGCAUCCAGUUCCUCGGCAUUCUUCACCUUCAAGCGACCGCAGCAAGUGUCCUCGGCAGGGGUGAUCAGCUUGUCGGGGGAGGCGGUCCACAAAGAUCUGGCAAUCUUGGUGCGGCACCUCACCGACUCGGGCCGGCACCAGCAGGAGCUUCGCAUAGACCAUGCCCUCCUGAACCUUGGCCGACUGCGAGCUUUGCGCUACGAACGCAACCAGUUCAACUCGGCCCAGCGGCCGGUGGACGGACAGCGUUUCCUGGAGAUGUGCUCAUCCUGCGGUGUGCAACCUGGGGAGCGGCCUGUCCUCUUGGAGGGCCUGGAUGACCUCAUCACAGCGCUGGAAGGGGAGAUCCAAGACUUGGAGGAGCUGAGGCGUGACAUCGACUGCGGCCAGGUGCAGUUCCACGGCCUCGGCGAGGUCUUUUGCCCAGGCGAGAAGGUUUUUACCACGGUGGACGGGAUAGGGGAGAUGCUGGGCCUCACGGUGCUGCAGAGUUGGUAUCAGCUCCGCCACUCUCUCUUCGGCCCAGAGAAGUCCUUCCAUGUAGAGUUGGAGUUCCUGGGGGCUGUGGGCAGCACCUUUGCAAGGAUCAACUUUCAGGAUGUUAUGUCCACCUUUCAGGGGGUCAGAAAGCUGGACACCCUUCUCUACCAGGUCAUGAAGCCAGACUUGAUGCAAAAGCUGCACCAGAGGGGUCGGAAGUAUGUCGCAGCCGCCGCCACGCCUUAUGUGCAGUACGCCCGGGGGUCCUUCUUUGCGCACGGGCGCUCGAAGCAUGCCUCGCUCUCUGGGGGCCGCGUGAUGCUGGACACACAGCGGGGCCAGGAAUACGGAAGCUAUGCUGCCCGAGGGGGUGACAACUGCUCCCUUGCCCUGCAGCAAGCAGUGAAGGCGUUGAAGCAGCAGAUGAAGCACGGGACGGAGGCGCUGCGUUUGGUACCCGAACCGUCGGAGGAGGAGGUAUGGAUGGCCUGGCCAGCCCUGGUGGGGUUCAGCUUCACCGCCAAGUGCUGGGGCCAGGUAUUGGUGGCAGACACCACUCCGAUCAAGUUCCGGUCGAAUGCUUUUGAACAACUGGUCUUGCCUGCGGAGAUGAAGGAGAUCAUCCGGUCAGCUGUCCGCCAUGCGGCAUCAAGCGGGCUGGACUUUAUUGAGGGCAAGGGUGACAACACCAUUUUCCUCCUCUACGGCCCGCCUGGGUGCGGAAAAACGUUGACUGCUGAAGCUAUAGCUGAAAUGCUCCACAUGCCUCUCUACGUGGUCACUGCGGGGGACUUGGGCAUCAGUGCGCAGGAGGUGGAGCAAAACCUCUCACAGGUGCUUCACUUAUGCAGCGAGUGGAAUGCCCUGACCCUCAUUGAUGAGGCCGACAUCUUCCUGGAAGCCAGGAGUUCUUCGGAGUUGCAGCGGAAUGCCUUGGUGUGCGUGAUGCUUCGGCUCUUGGAAUACCAUCAAGGCAUUCUUUUCCUGACAACCAACCGCGCCAGCAACAUCGAUCCAGCGGUGCGCUCGCGAAUCACUGUGGCGCUCCAGUACGAGGCGCUGUCUCAGAGCGGGCGCGAGGCAGUUUGGCAGAACAUGCUGCAGAAAAUCCAUCAUGGACCAGCAGACCCUGGCAAGCUUGCAAGGCACGUUCUGAACGGUCGCCAGAUCAAGAGCUGCCUUCUUCUGGCGAACGCGCUGGCUGCCGAAAGAGGCGAGGAGGUCUCUGAUGCCUUGAUCGAGCGGGCUGUGGCAGUCGUGGGCGGGCACAUAGGCCGCAGCGCUGGUGCUGAGGAUGUGGUGCAGGAGCCGAAAUCUGCGCGGCGAGUUUUGAUGCCGGGCACGUCAGCGGUGGCCUUGCCACAAACAAUUCAAAGAGACGCGAUGGCGCAGGUCACCCCUCGUGUGUCGCGGGAGGUGCUCCUGCAGCCCCGCAACUCCGUCCACCCGGUGCUGCCCGGGCCCCACUAUGCCCCUGUGUCAGGCUCCCUGACAGCCCAGCCGGGCCCGAAGCCACGCUGGGACUUGGCGUCACGCCAGCCCUUGGCGUUCCAGGCCGGCGUUCUUGGCCAUGACUCCAACAGCCUGAUGUCCGACGGGCCCCCUAUGGACCCCUCAGCCGUCUUCCGCUAAGCGAAAUGUCCGAAGAACUGUGUGCUUCUUACAGCAGAGCUCUCAAAGAAAGCUGAGCUCGCAAAAAGAAGCAGCUGAGACCCGGGAUCUCAAGAAGCCUGCGUAGUUUGGCGCAGGCUUCGUACAUUUGUUGUGAUAUAGCCUGUCGCCGUGAGAAACAUCUCGUGCGCCAGAGUUGCUUCAGAUCGUGCCAUGCAGGCUGGCCGAAAAAGUUGUUGUGCCGA